CUUCAUUACACCUUUCAUACUGUCCCACCCUCAAGACACUCACUACGACUGCAAGCAUGGCUUAUGAGCUGGGAGAAGUAAAACCCUCUGAUGUAGUGUUCCUCGAGAAGCUGAAAGAGUCCAAGAACUCUGUUGUUUUCAAGGUGGCUGUCUGCGGAAAAACAUGCGUUAUGAAAGUGGACCCUCCGGACCGUGUAAUAGAGCUCUUUAUCUGCGAGUCUACUGCCUACCAGCGGCUGAAAGCAAAGGGGCUAUGUGGGCGACGAGUUCCCGAUUUUUAUGGCACAAUUACAGAAAUACAGCCAACUCUCUGGCCAAGCUUGCAUAUGUUUAUUGACGACGAACUUGCCCCAAAUGCUAUUAUUAUCGAGUAUAUUGCAAAUAUGGAGCCAAUUGGCUUGUCUAAUUUCUCGGAACAUCGUCUGGCGGAGCUUUCUCAUAUCCUUGAGGAUAUCCACCGGGCCAAAGUUCUUCAUGGUGAUCCAUACCCAAGGAAUAUGAUGGUAGUACCAGGAGAACAGGAAAGAGUGCUUUGGAUCGACUUCGAUUCUGCUCAGACUUUUUCAGAAGGGCCCGGGCCCCUUUCACCAAGACAAGAUACAUGGUUUAAGGAAGAAGUUGAGAUGAUGGAAUUUUUUGUUCAAGCUCUAGCUGAAGAUUAUAAGGAGGGCAAGAUCAAUCGCACACGUCCUUACUAUUACGAGUUUGUGUAGAGGACAUGUUGCGAUAGUGUUAUCAUUGGAUAUUGACGAUCUGAUUUGCUGAACUGUGUAGACAUGGGAGACACGUACUACAUGGUUUUAUUCGAUGUGCGUAUCCAGAUCAGGUAAUUCAGACCCGGAAUGCAACGAUGGUGUCUCCUACAAUCGAAAGGCGAACUAGUCACUUUCACAUCCUCAUUCCAUCAUGCUCACUGGAAGAACACCCAAUCUUGAGUGGUACACUGCCGGGCUUUCUCUCUUCCACCGCUCACCAUUCGGACAUACUUCCUUUCUCAUCUAUUGACCCACGGGACCAAGGACCGGUAGUAUAUAGAAUCUAAAAAAGUCCUCCUGUGCGAUCUUGAGAAAAGCUUCCUCAUCAUCAAUGACUCCCUUUUAGACCUUUCCAACUCCCCAGUAUCAAUAUAAUUCCACGUAUCAUACGUGGGGACGAUUGUUCCCAGCCCUCGUGGUGGAUGCAAUACGGUAUACAGGGGCGAUCAUG